ACAGAGCACAGCCCAAAAAAUGCAAGGACAUAAGAAAAAUGCUGCAGCAGUUGUAUGGUAUCACAAUAGAGAGUGAUAUUAGUCAACAUGGAAAUCCGGAAAUUUUGCCAGAAUUAGUGGUAGAUGAUAUGGACGAAGAACAAAUUUGGCAACAGCUGGAGCUACGAAAUGCCGCUGUUUUAGAUACUAUGAUAAACACAACUGCAUCCUUAAUGGCUUUGCGAGAACAAAAAUUGGAGAUACGUCUAAAAGAAGAUGGUGAAGGUGACGAAAUGGACGAAGAAGAAGAAGAAGAGGACAAUGAAGAUUCAGAUGAUCAUGAUGAUGAAGAUCAUAUGGACAAUGAAUUGAAAGACGCUGCUAGCGAAGAAGAAAGUGGCGAAGAGGAAGAAGAGGAGGACGAGGAGGAAGAUUUGUUCGAGGCCACUAAGAAAAACAAAAGAAAAUUGAAACGUACCUCUGUUGUUGAUGACAAGUUUUUCAAACUUGAUGAAAUGGAAGCUUUUCUUGAAGCAGAAGAAGCCAAAGAAGCCCGGAAGGAAAAGGGCAAAUUGUUGGCAACAGAUGACGACGGCAUUGAUUAUUUCGACGAAGAUUUAGGAGAAGAAGGAGAUGAGGAUUCAGAUGAAGACUCCAAUCCUAACUACAAAGAUUUCUUCGAUGAUGACGAUGGUGGUGAAUAUGACGAGAGUGAUAAAUCCAAAAGUAGUAAACAGAAUAAAGAUCAUUUUGAUGAAAAUCCAGAGGAAGAGUUGGACGAAGAUGAAAAUGAAGAAGAAGAAGAGGCUGACGAAGAUAACGAACUAGAGGAUAACGGUUAUGAGUUUGAUGACGUCGGAAAAUCCAAUAAGGAAAAAAUGUCAUUUGGACCAGCAGAUUCUGACUCAAACGAUUCGGAUUCCGACGAAGAGACAAAGGAAGAGGGUCCAAAAUCAUCUUUUGAAGUAAGGCAAGAGCGUCUAGAACAACGCAUACGAGACUACGAAGAAGAAGUUUUAGGUGAAAAACCUUGGCAAUUGAAAGGUGAAGUACAAGCAACAAAUCGUCCACAGAAUUCUUUGCUUGAAGAGGUUUUGGAAUUUGAAUCAACGGUAAGACCUGCUCCCAUUAUAACUGAAGAAACCACUCGUCGUCUAGAAGAUAUAAUAAAACAGCGUAUCAAAGAUAAAGCGUGGGAUGACGUUGAACGAACAGUCAAACCUAUACAUACACCCCAAGAGUAUCGAAAACAAUUAGUACUUGACCAGGAGAAGUCAAAAGAAUCGCUAGCACACAUCUAUGAGAAAGAAUAUCAGCAGGAACUGGAAAAACUUAAUCCUAAUCAGGGUGACAAUGCAACUGAGGAACCCAAAGAGCACAAAGAAAUUCGUAACAUGAUGCGAGAUUUGUUUAUUAAACUUGAUGCUCUUUCCAAUUUCCAUUUUACACCAAAACCUGUUGCACCAGAACCGAAAAUUAUUACAAAUACUCCUGCUGUUGUCAUGGAAGAAGUAGCGCCAGUGGCGGUUAGUGAUGCAAAGCUGUUGGCGCCUGAAGAAGUCUUCCGUGGUCCGAAACAUGAGCUUGUUGGAAAAUCUGAACGCAGCAAAACAGAUAAGAAUCGUGCUUUGCGUAAGAAGAAAUCUAAGCAAAAGGCCAUCCAUCAUGCCUUGGAGGCUAAAGAUUUACAAAAACAAAAAAUGGGAAUACCAUUAUCGAAGAAGGAAGAAAGUGCAAAAUUAAUGAAGAAAUUGACGAAGCAAAGAAACGUCGAAAAGGUUACUGCCAGCAACGAUCAUGGGGCUUUAAAAUCGUCCAAGGCAUUCUUCUCAAAAUUACAGGAUCAAUCAGCCACCAACAACGGAUCCACGAAAACAAGCAAAAAGAAAGCGGAUGCCAAAGCCUUAUCGGCCAAAAAGUUAAAGCUGUAG